UAGGAACAGAUUUGGAAACAUGGCUCCAACUUCUGACGCGCUUUGUUUUAAGUUUUCAAGCUAUGGAGAUUCCAUGUUGCAGAAAAUGAAUUUGUUGAGGCAGCAAAAACGAUUCUGUGAUGUCACAAUCCGAAUCAACAAUGUGGCCUUUCUAGGGCAUAAGAUAAUUUUUGCAGCAUGCUCUCCCUUCCUAAGGGACCAGUUCUUGUUGAAUGAUUCAAAGGAUGUCAGGAUUUCACUUCUCCAGAGUUCAGAGGUUGGGGAACAAAUACUUCUGUCCUGCUACACUGGUAUCCUGGAGUUUCCUGUGAAGGAACUGGUAAACUACUUAACUGCUGCAAGCUACCUUCAAAUGGGUCACGUUGUGGAAAGGUGCACACAGGCCCUUUCUAAAUAUAUUGAGCCAAAGUUGUUGUCUGAAGACCAAGCGCACAACAUAGGUGAAAGCAGCACUUCAACUACGUUUCCUGAAACUUCAGAAAGGCCACAAGAAAGUCCUCCACCUGAUUCUGAAAAGAACAAAAUGGAAGAUCUUACACAAACUAGGGAUGUCUCUGAAUGUGAAACCGACUCAGAGGAUAGCAACAUUCGUAUUGUUAAAGUGGAAUCGCUGACUAGUGAUAUUCAGGAGAGUGAGAAUGGUGACAGCUUGAGCCAUCUCUCAAAUAAUUUCAGCAAUAGUGUGGAAAGAGCUGCUGCAAAUUCUCCGGAAUCGCAGCAUUCUCUUGUCAAUUCAACUGUUGAUUCUAGAAGCAACAAAGUGGUAGAUAGUUGUUUACAGAAUUUUGUAACUGAUCCACCCAGGUUGUCAGAAGUUGUCAAUGGUACAAGUUUUAUGCUGGCAGCCAAUGAGUUUGAGUUGCAAGGUUUGAGUAGUUUUCCAAAUGAGGAAAUGGCUGCUGCAGGUGGGUUUUUGUUCAAGCGCAACAGGGGCACAAAACUGUUUGCAAAUAAAACUAUGUACACCAACCAUUUUAAAAUGCAAGACAAAUGGCUUCAGAAGCCCCACCAUUGCAGUAAAUGUGGAAAAAUCUUUCAGCACCUCGAAAACUUCAUUAGUCACUUGAAAACGCACAAACUUUUCCUGUGCCUGCGCUGUGGGAAGAUUUUCACACAAAAAAGCAAUCUGACACGGCACAUCCGAGUACACACAGGAAUAAAACCAUAUCAGUGCACAAUUUGCGGGAAGACAUUCACUCAGAAAUGUUCUCUACAGGACCACCUGAAUCUCCAUAGUGGUGACAGACCACACAAGUGUAACUACUGUGAUGUGGGCUUUGCACACAAGCCUGCACUCAGGCGACACCUCAAAGAACAGCAUGGGAAAAAAUGUGUUGAUAAUGUCACUGAAGGAAGCAUACAAGAAAUUACUCUGGAAGUAGAUACUAUUGAAUGACCGCAGUAGUGCUGUUCUUGAUCUUGUAUCUUAAAAGGUCAACUGAACUUUUGUUGGCCAAGCAGUAAACUUAAACAUUUUGGAAAGGUUGGUAGAAACUUUGCACCAAAUCAACAUGAUAAUGGUAUCUCAUCAGUGGGUUAGUAAAUAUGCAGAGCACUGCACUGGGAAGAAAUGUUCUGUAGAUUUCUAUCUGAUGAAAUAGAAUUGUUUUAAUCGGUGUUUGAUAGAAUGUCUGUAAUUUGAAAGAUGCAAUUCAGUACUUUAAACUGUUAAAAGAACUGAAUGCGUUCCAGUGGGCCACUUAACUUUUAUCAUUGAAAAGGUGGCAUAUGUCCUCUUUUGUAUAGAAUUAUGUUUAAAAAUAAGACACACUAACUCUCUUUGCAUGUAGGCAAUAGAGUGCACCUGGUUACUUCACUAAUUCUCCAGGACUAAUACCUAAAUUAUGAAGCUUUGCCUUAUGAUAGUGUUGAAUUAGGAACAGGAGUAGGCUAUUCAGCCCCUUGAACCUGUUCCACCAUUCAAUCCGAUUGUGGCAAAUUUGUACCUCAACCCCAUUUUCAACUUUGUUCCAUAUACUUUGAUGCCCAAGCCCAACAAAAAUCUAUUAGCCUCAAUCUUGAAAAUUUCAAGUGGCCCAGUCUUCUGGGGGAAGAGAGUUCCAGAUUUUCAGUGUUUUGUUGCGAGAAAAGUGCUUCCUAACUUUAGUCCUAAAUGGAUUAGCUCUAGUGUUAGGGUUGUUGACCCCCUUGCAUUGGAUUCCCUUGCCAAAGGAAAUAGUUCUUUGAACCUGCCCUGUCAAAUCCCUUUAUUGUUUUAAACACCUCAAAACAUAUUGCUAUGUUUAACUUCUUUCAAUUUAUUUUUCAAAAAUUUUCGUUCUGAAAUUAUGCCAUCAUUUUGAAAUCUAUUUUCAGAUGGUUAUGGCACUGUUCUUCAGUCCAUCUGGUCCUAUCUUCCUGUAGAAUAUGCAAUUUGGGAAAACUAAGACUGUUGAUAGGCAAGUAUAUGUAGUUGCUGCAUUGAUCUAAAAUGGUAGCUCUACAAUUAGAUUUUUUUCAAGAGUAUUAAUUCCUUAGGUUGGAACUUGAUGUUGCUAGAAUUGCUGUACUAGUAUCAUUGCUGGGAGCAGAAUUACAGUAUGUGCUGCAUUACCUUGGAGUCUGAAAAUUAAAUGGCAGGAUUAUGUGCUUAUGUUAUUAUGGGCACUGACAUGUAUGAUGGAACACAUUACUCUAGUUUUGUGUUUAACAGUCUGGAUUUGAUUUCAGACCAAAGCACUUGUUUUGCUAUGCCAUUCUUUAAAGUUUUUAAUACCUGUGUAUAAUGGUCUAUCCUUUGAGGACAUUGGAGAAUUUCAUAAAACUGAUCUGAGGAGAGACUUGAGAAAUUAUUGCAUGGUUUGUGUCUCAAUUAGAAGUUUGGAUUUUUUGACUGUGUAACUCAAAUUUAGUAAUAUUGGACUAUUUUGUAAUUCGUCCCAUUUCCCCUCCCCUUCUACCCCAGCCCCACUCCAAAGCAAAAAAACAGCUACAUUAAUAGGGUUGUUUGGUGAGAAAUCUUAUUAAUUGAAUAUAUAUAUAUAUAUAUAAACUCCAGUUGAUGAUUUAAGUUUUGUACACAUUAUGCCAAAUCAAAAACAAUCUUUUUAAAUUAGUUGUGGAGUAGUGUGGAAGCGUAAACAUCUUAUGCAAAGAGGGAGGUUUCACCACAACAGUUUUGUUUUUAUUGUGUUCUGUUUUUGGCUGUUGUAAUGAUGUAGGCCUUUUCAUUGUGCCACUUUUAACUUCAGCUUGAAAAUGUGCUUUGCAGAAACAUGGCUCAAUUUUAACUCCAGGUGGGAAUGCAGCAUAGCAAGUUGACUAAAGCUGGAAAGUCAGUAGGUAACCCAGUAGGAGGCCUCUGCACAAUGAUCCCUGACACAAGAUAAAUAAUCUGGGAGGUGAAUCCCAGUUGGUGGGGGUGGGAAACCCCAGUUUUCCUUGUGGGACCCAGAGAAGUAUUUUCUUAGGCCCACAAAGAAACUUAAAAGUAAAUCUUUUUUUUAAAACUUUUUGCUGCUCCUUAAGCCAACACUGACUGUUAUCCCCAAGGCUAUGUUAAAAUAGCAGAUAAGGUCUUGAUGGUGAUGAUAUCAUUGGAACUUGAUCUGCGUAUUUAAAGAGGGCCUCACUGGCCUGGGGCAUUUUGCCAGGUGGGGAAGGGCAAACAUUAGAUAAAUGUUCUGCUCUAUUUUUAACUGCCCAACUUUGUUUCUGCCAGAUGGGGGCAGUUAUAAAAUCAAGCCCACGAUCAUAGAAGAGACAGAAAUAGUUUUGCCAUCUCCACAGUGAAUCUGGAAGAGUGGUUUCUCAUCAGUUUUCUUCCUGUGCUGCAGGGUUCACUCCAUUAUAAGGUGCUGUUUUACAGGUGGUAGGUACCUUUUUUUGUCUUUGGCUGUUUGUGUUUGCUUUGACAGUGAACCUGAACAUUCACAAGGGCCAUCAUCAGUGACUCCAUUCACGUCUUCGCUUGAUAUUCACACAGGGAUUGCUAGAUAUUGAUCAGAAGUGGAAGCUAUGGCUGCUUUUCUUCUUGCCCCAUUGCCUCACCCCAUGUACAUACAUGUGGGAAUUCUUCUGACUUUAAACAACCAAGAUAACGCAAGUAGAAAAGUAACUUAAUGAGCUAUAUGUUUCAGAACAUUGACAAAUUUAUCACAUGUGGCAUCCAUGUUAAAUUCAGGCUUCUCUGCAUUUGAAAUCUGUCACAGUGGGAGCUUGCCUCCACCAUGUCCAGUUUUCAUUGCACCAUCUACUUCAAAAUAAAGAUAUGUUACAAUAGUUCAUGCCUGUAGUAAUAUCUCCAUGCAUGCUGCUGUUGUCAUUCUCUAGCCGAAAGACUGUUAAAGAUUUUGCGCUUCUGCCCAUCCUGCACAGAUGUCAGACCUCUCGCUCCAUGGUCUGAACUGAUUUGAAAUUCCAUACUCCGAACCACUGUGCCACUCUGUUUCUCAUGUAUGUUUUAUGCAAUUAACUCUUCUAUUAUUAGAAUAAUUUAUUAGAAUGAUUACUUAGUUCAGGGGUGCUGAGUAAGUAGUAGGAAUAAAUACUGAAAUAGAAAAUCUCAAAGCCAAAAAAGAUCAUCAGUCUAUUUAAUCCACCUCCUUGCUAUUCUUAGUUGUGACCAGUGAGGCAUUGAUUUAUAUGUAGGUUUUGAGUGCUUGAGUUUAUGACUUUACAUCUCAGUUAUGUAGAGAGACUAGAAAAGCUUUGAGCCAAGAAUGUUAGAGAUUUGAUUUAAUAGAGGUGUUCAAAAUUUUAUAAAGGACUUGAUAGAGUAAAUAAGGAAAAACUGUUUCCACUGGCAGGAGGGUCAAUAACCAGCAGAGACAGAUUUAAGGUAUAAUGGCCUAUAUAACCCAGGGUGAAGUGAGGCGGGAGGAAGAAAUUAGAUUUUUUUUAUGCAGCAAGUUGUUACAAUCUGGAAUGUGUGGCUGAAAGGCUGGCGGAAGCAGAUUCAGAAAUAAGUUUCAAAAAAAAGGAUUAAAUGAAAAGGAGAAUGCAAAGCUGUGGGGAAAGAGCAGAGGGGAGUGAGUAAUUUGUUAGUUUUCUUUUCAAAGAGUCAGAACUAAUCUCUUCCAUGUUACAAAAGCUGAACUAAAAUCUGCAUCUACGAAAGGUAUGAAAGGCUUUGAUAGAGUAGACUCUGUUUUCACUUGGGAAGAGUAAAACUAGAGGCCUUCAAAACAGGAUAGUCACCAAGAAAUCAAGUGGGGAAUCCUUUACCCAGAGUGGUGAGAAUGUGCAAGUAGUUGAGGUUAAUUGUUUAGCUGUAUUUAAAGGGAGGUACGAGAGAAGGAAAUAGAGGGUUAUAGUAUUGCAGAGUUCAAUGACGAAGGAUGGGAGGAGGCUCAAGUGGAGCAAAAACCCGACAUGGACAGCUUGGGACGAAGGGCCUGUGGCUGUAUGUUUUGUGUAGCUUUUGAUUAAUCCCACCCUUCAAAUGUGCUUUGACUCUAAUAUUCAAGUAUCCAACAGCCAACUCUCUAUAGUGAUGCUAAUUUCAUGACACCUCAAUUUGGAUAUAUUGGAACAUUCAUUUUGCUAUCAUUCCUCUGUCCUGUUCCCUUGAAAACAAGGAGCAAAAAACAAAUUGUUUUUCAACUUGUGGUAAUUUCUUCCAUGAUGUUAGCACAGCUUUUAGAAAUCGGUGAUUUUAUUGUCAUUUUCCCUGAUGUGCUUGAAUGAUUAAGCAGUCCCAAAAAUAAUUAGGGCCUGGAGUUUCCAGUAGUUUGCGCUAUAACUUUUCUUUCAGGGUAAAAAUCAGCCAAACCAAUGCAAAAGAUCAUGGAAUUGCAAACAUAAGUUAUAUCCACUGCAAAUUGACUUUCUGUGAUCUUCCUGUUGUGCUAAUUAGAAACCUACGUUGGAAGCUGGUCCCACCCACAAAACUGGCCAUGCCCCCAGAUGGAAAUAAUCACCAUUGAGAGUUUUCACUAAUUGUGUCCAUUUUCAGUUUUCAGUGAUACGGACUUGAAACGUUAACUGUGUUCCUCUCUGCAGAUGCUGUCAGACCUGCUGAGUUUUUCCAGCUAUUUUUGUUUUUGUUUCAGUUUUCAAGUCCUCGAUGAGGCUCUUAAAAUUUUUUUUUAGGCACGUGGCACUAAUAACCAUAUUUGAAAAGCUUUUGAAAUAUAAUGUAUUUAAUUUACUUAAACUGACUGCACCAUCAAUAUAGUUAGGAAAUAGUUGUGUUUUUUAGUCGUUUUCAGUUAUUUAAAAUGGGAUUACUCACCUGGUGGACUGGAUACUGACUAAACAUGCUUAUUAUUUGUGAUUAAACCCGUUUUCAGCCAAAUUAAUCAAACACACAAGGUUACCGUUAAAUAUAUAGUGGAAUAUUUUUAAGAGCAAAAGUAUUUUUUAAUGUUCUAAGAUGCUGUCCGAUUGCACUGGCUCAUGACAGAUUUUAUGUUUGGUGAUACACAAAUGAGUUUGAGCAGAAGCAUUUUUCAAAAUUCGCGCAAUUUACACCUGAAUCGCUGACUGUGCCCAAAGCGGAAACUCUUGGCCCAGGUGAGUAAUUGUUGAGUUGUUCUCCCCUCUGCAAUUCUACCUUUUUGGGCUAUGUCUAUAUUGUCCUAGAGGGUGAAACUAGUGACCUAGGAAUUUGUUCAUUGAUGCAAUCAAUGGCUUUCUGUACUGGCCAGCAGAGCUGUUGAGCAGGAUGGGAUAGGGCUCCAUACAGCCAUUUUCUUUUCCUUGUUCUCGCUUUCCCCAUCUGAAAGUGCUUCAAUACUUUGCCACAUAGGGCACUCCAUUCCACACCUAGGAUCAACAACAUUGCUUUUUUUGUAGGGCUUGAGUAGCUGUUGAAGCUUUCAUUCAAAUCCAGGCCCCCAAAAGGAGAUGAAAGAGAUCUAGAAUCACUUAAUUAUUAAAAUUAUUUGGCUAAAGAAUUAGCAUGUUCUCCCUCCAUUUCCCUCCUCUGCACCCUUCCUAAGCAAUUAAUUUUGGGCAUUGAAUAUAAAUCUGCUGAAGGGAUUAUGGAUAGAUCCCUGCAAAGCUAAUAUUUGUGAACUAGAGAGCUUUUUUAUUCUUCUUUCAUCUCCAGAAAUUAAUCAAUGAAUGGGCUGAUUCAUUUGUACUUUGAGAAGUUUUAUCUUAACAGUUCUACUUAUUGUUUCACUAAUAUUAGCAUAAUACACAGAAUCAGUCUUCAGUGUAGCGCAGGAUAUGGAUUUUCCCUUCAUUCCUGAUCUGUCAGUGUCAUCUUGUGAGAUGCCAUUUGUAGGGAUAGGGUGGGAGAAGUGUGUCAAUUAGCAUUACUGUUGUCUUCCAUGUCUUCAGAUCAGAGCAGCUACAAAGACCUGCAAAGAUUACUUUGAUCACCCUCUUGGUUACAGAAUGGAGACUUGUAGGACAAAGAAACAAAGUUGAGUGCAGUGCUCGGGAGGAAAUGGAAUGGCCUGACUAUUCUCCAAUUAGAAAACUAUUUAAUAUAAUUCCAAUGAUACUAGACAAUUCCCAGAUUUCUUUGUUCCAAAUGUUGAAAAGCAGUACUCGUUGAAUUCCUGGUUUAUCAUGAGGGAAUUAAAAAAAAAAUCAGUUUCACAGAUGCACAUCAGCUUCCUACAAGUUGAAUUUAUUUAGUACUCAGAGGUCAAUAUUUGCAGCAAGCGCAUUCUUCAUCAGCCUUCACAAUUGGGAGGAGUGCUUUGGAUAAUAGAAAUUGGUUAAUGACCACUUCCUAAAUUUUAAUAUAGCAAUACUCUAGGCACAGGAAUGAAAGAAAAUAAUAUACAAAUAGCAAGCUGAAUAUAAAUUCCUUCUUGAGCAUGAGGUUAUAAAGAAGAGAUUGGUGUUAGCCAUGAGGUGACAUCUGGAACAGGGUUUAUCUCACCAAAGUAAUAAAUACGUGAAUAAUGAAGACUCCAUUAUAACUUCCAGCUCAUCAAAAUUGCCAGCCAUGAUUAAUAGCUAGUAGGCUUGUAAUUUGCAGAUUCACAGAGGUGGUUUAUCAAUUUUGAUUUUAUUGUGUACUUAAGCUGCAAACACUAUGUAAAGAAUUACCAUUUUGGGUCUUUUCUAAAGUGUUGCUUCUGGUUCGCGGAAGACUUUAAUUCAAAAUUUCCAAACUGAUAAAGAUAUGUUCAGUUUUUACCAGCAGUUAAAUUAACACUUUUGAAUAGGUUGUCCACAUCUUUCUAGUACGAUAUGCAACGUCAAUACUGUUAUUUCAGUAUCCUUUGACACUAUUGGUCCUGAAAUUAGAUUUUUGGGUUACCUAGCACAUUAGCAUAUACCUCAUCUGGGACAGUAUCUGUGACAUAUGUGUACUUUUACCUUUGUAACUUUAGAAUGUUGCAACGUUUUUCUCGGCUGUGGAAUUUUUGAAGUUCUCAUCAAGUAUGACUGCAGCUGUAGUAGCAGUGGAAUGAACUAGUUUUGUUUAUAACCAUAUUACAUUAACCUUAACCAUGGCCAGUUAAAGUGUAUAACGUUAAUAUUAACUUGAAAAGUGCAGAAAAUGUUGCAAGAAAAAUUACUUGUCCAAAAAAAGUGAUCUAUAGCGUAUCCCUGCUUCUGGAGGUCUCAAGGUAUUUUUAGACAUCAGAAGGCAUCUUUUUUUAAAAAAAAGCUGCUAUAUCAGAAUGAUUGGAUGAGUCUUCAGAACUGUUGUUUUCUACAUGUAGUAAGGUGACAUUUCUCAACUAAGGCACCGGGGAGGAAAAUGUUGGAAAAGGAGUCAUCAAUUGUCACUCCCUAUCCUGUAGGUCAGACAUGUAACAAUGUGAAAUAUCUGGGUACAUGACACAAGUACACUUCAUCGAUUGUAGGGACAGAAAAUAACAACAAGGAUCAAAAUUAUAAGAUUCCAGCAAAGGCCGUUAUCUAUUUUAGCUAAAUCAAUGCUAAAUUUGAUAAUUCUUAGAAAAAAAGUUGAGAAUGGGACAGUUUCCAUUUUGAUAUAUAUUGAUUCAAAAUGUUGUUUCCAACAGAAAAGAAAAUUUAAGUAGGUUUGGCCAAAAUAAUGUUUUGUUCUUAUUAUACAAUUUGUACCUUGUUCACAAAUCUUUGGACAAUAUUUCAGAUAAUACAUUUGACAAUGCAUUAAUUGUAUUUCAACUUGCUUGGAUGUCCCUUUGUUGCACUGUGUAUUUUGACUGGUAUAGCGCCUAGUUGGAUAUCUCAUUAUUUGGCUUACUUGACACAAUCUUGGUACACCUGGUGAUGCAUUUGUCACUUGGCCUAAUUACAUUGAAGUUAGAGAAAUCUUCUAAGCUGUGAUUUUAGUACUUGUACCAUGUCCUGCAGACAGUUUUGAUAUUUCUAAAAUGCUACCUUCUGGACUGGGAUUUGCAACUGUAUAAAUGUAGGAAUGCGGCAUAAUCUAAAGUGUGUGACAUUCAUGGUCCUUUCUUGAUUCAACCAUUAUUUCCAAGGUACUUGAAGUCAAUAACUGUCUUUGCUGCCAUUCUUGAGUAGAUUAGAACUUUUACUUUAAAAAUGUCUAGGUGUCCUCUUGCAGAAUUGCAUUGAUUUUUUUUUCAACUGUAUCCUCAACCACAUUACAAUUUUUAAAUUUUAGCUCAAAGUCUGCUGGAGUACAGUUUGCUUUGAUAGCUGAACUCUGAUUUGUUCCAAAAUCUGGCUGAGAACAACAGACAAAAAAAAAGUACCAAAAGGACAAAAGUGACUUGCAACCUUUAUUUUUCAAAUCCUAAAACAAAAAUACAUCUGAUGAAAUUGUGUUUAAGAGGAACAUUUAGUACUUAAAAGUGAAAAAGUAGUUUCCUUAUGGUACAGUGUAUACACAAAUGUUAAAAGAUUUUAUUUUUUUAUUUUUUGCAUAUGUUAUGUGAAUAAAUCAAUUAUAACUUUUUCUAUUUGUUUUAUCCUAGCAGUUAACUCUAACAGAUGCACUGAUGAAAAUAAAAGUCCUCUUUUCUGUAAUACCUGAUUUACACAUUCCUGGUGGUGUAAUAUUACUGCAAAUGACAGGAUUUUUUUUUUACAAUAGCAGUAUUCCGAUUUAUUCACUGGAAAACAAGUUCACUUAAAAAAUAAACUGCUUUGUAAAUGAA